CAAGCGCCGUCACCCUGUUCGGCGUCUAUCAUUUGCGGAUCGAGACUGGACAAGACUGUGGACCCUGGGAGACUUUUGUUGUUGCAAGGCGCCAAAAUUGAUCUAUAAAUAUAAUAUGCUGUCAAGCUCCUGGCCGAUGAAACUCAUCCACUAUGCCUCGAUGCAUGAAGGCCCGCCCGUUGGACCCCUCGCUCCUUGUUAACGCUCUGUAACUUCCCUGGGGGGCGUUUCACUAUGCGAAUAUUCCACCACAGCAAGGAAAACAGCGCUCUCCAAGACUCUGCUUCAUCGCCACACGCUGGCUUGUCAAAACCGAUCAAGGCUACACGCUUUCGUCGGUUCUCCACUCUUGCCACCAUAGCCAUUCUCAAGCACUUUCGUCCUCAACGCGGUCGGGUCCUGCUGCUUACCAAACGACUAUGUGUCAAAUAUGGGCCUCUGAUAAACCUAUCCGAAGCUUCGGCAAUGGAAUUUGUGGCUCGCAACACGUCCAUCCCGACACCUAGAGUUCGUUGCUCAUUCGUUCGCAACGGUUGCACAUAUAUAGUAAUGGACAGAAUACGGGGCGAGCACAUCGGCCAUAAUUGGGUGUCUCGCUCGCCCGAGUCCAAAGCGAAGAUCUAUGCUCAACUGAAGAGGAUGGUGAAGCAGAUGCGUGCCAUCUCACCUCCAGGCCCGGGCGUCUCAGACGUGGAUGGGGGCGCUAUUUAUGACUGUCGACUCCCGGGCCCCUCACUGAAAUUUGGCCCUUUUGAUACGAUUCAUGAUUUCCACAAAUAUCUCCAUGGUGGUCUGGAGCCGCACCCUGACCAUUUCCCCGAGAUAAGCCAGCUUAUAGAAAUGCACAAUGGGCCUUGGCCGCCUCCAGUCUUCACUCAUGGUGAUUUAAGCAGCCUAAACAUCCUCGCACGAGGAGACGACGUUGUCGGAAUUAUCGACUGGGAAACGGCCGGGUGGUUUCCUCACUAUUGGGAGUAUACGACGGCAUGGCAGGUCAAUCCGCAGAAUUAUUUCUGGCGCGAGGAAAUCGAUAAUUUCCUUGAUGCAAUGCCUAGAGAAUUGGCUAUGGAGCAGAUUAGACUAAAAUAUUUUGGCGAUUUUUGAGCAUCAAUAGUAAGGGAAAAUCGAACUUGGUUGUGUUUUUCCCCGAGCUAAUGUGACAGAUUACAGGCCCGAGUCUCUGUCGCUCCUU